AUGUAAUAUAAUUUGGAGACAAGAACAAAGAUAGGAGAGGUAGAGACCAUUGGCAAAAUUGCUGCAGAUGGAAUCUAAGUUUAAAAAGCUAGGUAGUUCUUUACAAGUGCCUGAUGUGCAGGAAUUGGCCAAGGAGAAAUCGAACACUAUUCCACCAAGAUACCAGCGUCCUAAUCAAGAUCAAAUCAUUUCGUCCUUACCUGAAAAUCGAAUUCCUGUGAUUGAUAUGCAAAAGUUGAUGGAGAAAGAUUCAAUGGAUACUGAGCUUCAAAAACUGCACACUGCAUGCCAAGAAUGGGGUUUCUUUCAGUUGAUCAACCAUGGGGUUAGCUUUCCAACGGUGGAGAAAAUGAAGCUAGAAAUUCAAGAAUUCUUCAGUCUACCAAUAGAGGAAAAGAAGAAGUUUAGUCAAGAAUCAGGGGACGUAGAGGGUUAUGGACAGGCCUUUGUUGUGUCAGAAGAGCAAAAGCUUGAUUGGGCAGACUUAUUCUUUGCAAUCACCUUACCAAUUCACCUGAGAAAGCCUCACUUAAUUCCCAAGCUUCCUACUAAGUUCAGGGAUGCAAUAGACGAAUAUGCCACGGAAAUGAAAAACCUUGCCGUGAAAAUCCUAGACCUAAUGGCUAAAGCUUUACACGUGAAAGCUGAGGAGAUGAAUACGGUUUUCGAAGAAGGGAUGCAAUCAAUGAGGAUGAAUUACUAUCCUCCCUGCCCCCAACCGGAGCUUGUUACCGGCCUCUACCCCCACUCUGAUGCAACUGGACUAACCAUCCUCCUCCAAGUCAAUGAAAUUGAAGGUCUUCAGGUUAAGAAAGAUGGAGCUUGGAUUCCAGUUGUACCACUCCCUAAUGCUUUUGUUAUUAACAUUGGAGACAUCUUGGAGAUUGUGACAAAUGGAAUUUACCGAAGUAUUGAACACCGAGCAACUGUCAAUUUGAAGAAAGAAAGGCUCUCCAUUGCUACAUUUUUCAACCCGAAUAUAGAUGGUGAUUUUGGUCCAGCACCAAGCAUUGUGACUCCAGAAACUCCAGCAAAAUUCAAAAGAAUCAGCUUUGUUGAUUAUAUGAAAGGAUAUUUUUCGCGGGAACUUGAUGGGAAAUCAUACCUCGACACCAUAAGAAUUUAGAAUAAGAACAAUUUGGUUCUUGAUUCAUGUAUGCCGAGUUCAUUAAAUGAGAAAUAUGGUGUCUGCUAACAGUUAUGUAUGCAGGUAUGGCAGCUGCUAUUGGUACCCAAAAUCAAGUUGCUUAGAUUUGAAUAAAUCUGUGUCGACUAGUAUGAGAAUGAUUUAAGUCUUGUUACUCAAAUAAGGCCCUUUUACUGAUUAGCCCAUUUAAAUUCAAAUAUAGAAGCAUAACAAUGAAGGAAAUUGUAUGUCAGAAGUCACAAUGUUACUUUGCAUUGAAACACACGUUCUUGAUGUAAGUAUUAUGUUCUAGGUCCAAUCAAC